CAAAGCUUUUGGAUCAACUAAACAUUACCAAGGUGCGUUGGCAUCGUUAGUGUCAGUGGUGUCAUAUUGUGAAUUCCUGUCGUGUGGGUACAAAUUAAAAUGGAUUUAGACGAUAUUGAAAUCAACGAAAAUGAGCAGCCGAUAUUCACGUGCAAGGCCCACGUGUUCCAUAUAGACCCGAAGACCAAGCGAUCAUGGAUGUCGGCCAGUUCUGCAGCCGUCUCCGUUUCCUUCUUCUACGAUUCCUCGAGAAAUCUCUACCGCAUCAUCAGCGUUGAAGGAACUAAGGGCCGCAUACGAGCGGACUACCUGAUGGCGGUGAUCAACAGUACGAUAACGGCGAACAUGACCUUCACGAAGACUUCCCAGAAGUUUGGUCAGUGGAGUGAUGUUAGAGCCAACACUGUCUAUGGACUUGGGUUUGCAUCCGAACCGGAGCUUGGCAAGUUCAUAGAAAAGUUCCAAGAGGUUAAAGAAGCGAUUCAAGCGCAACAAUGUGGCGCUACGGGUGGCAAGUCGGUGACGAAUGGUAACAGUGGCGCCGCCACGCCGGUGGCUAGUGCUACAGCCAGCCCACUGUUGGCUGGCAGAGCUACUGGUGGUGACGAGCCACCGCCCGCCGUCUCGCCUGCUCAAGCCCUGGGAGGUGGGUACGCCACAGUAGGACGAGCGCCCCGCGGCCCCCUGGCUUCGGCCGGUGCUCCAGCCGUCAUCGACCCUCCUCCCGCCGAUUCCUCCGAGCAACAACUUCGGUACGAGAACGACAGACUCAAGCUUGCACUCGCACAGAGGUAA